AACACAAACGCAAACACAAACGCAAACACAAACACAAACACAAACACAACCCCUUCGCAUGAAUCAGCAUCCGAUCGCAAUUUCCACGGAAACAAACAGACAACCGAAAGAAAACAAAGGGAACAAAGAGAACAAAGCAAUACCACAACAAACCACAACACACCAGGAUGGGAAAGAGCAACCGAGACAGUCCAACGCCGCUGUCACUGUCACUGUCAGUGUCACUGCUUCUGCCAUCGAUGGCGAGGCGAAGGCAUUGUGCCUUCUCCCGUGCAAGCUCCCUCCACCCCGCACUGCUUGUCGCCCUCUUCCUGUUGGGGUGCGCCUGCUCUCCCUGGUGCUUCGUGCGCUCCGACGAGCUACCCGGAUACGAACUCGAACGCGAACGCGAUCACCAGCGCCAGCGCGGUCCCCGGGUCCUUUCCAAGGUUAUCGAGGACGGAGACAAGGUUAUCACGGAAGAAUUGGUCAAGAAUAACUUCGUUCUUGACUUUGUCCCGGAGUGCUCUUCUUCCGUCGUCGAGGACUACGACCCGGACAAAGAGAUACGGACCUUCAUCACCUUCAACGGGACGGCCUAUCUCAAUGCCUGGGCCUCCGACGAGGACUUCGAGUCGGCUCCCCGGUACGUCGAAGCGUUCAAGGGGAUCAAAUACGGUUCUGUCUACAAACGAUUCGCCCGGUCCAAGCAGGCCUAUGGAUACAACUACGCCAGGUACAACACCACCGAUGGCGGCAAAACCCGGGAGAUCUUUAUCAACGCCACCAAAUUCGGGCCGAAGUGCAUCCAGCCGGGUAUCGAAGAAAAACACAUGAAGGAGAACUGCUUGUACCUGAACAUCUGGAGGCCUUCCCGGUGGAAGCAAUCCCUCAACAAGACCUCUAUUUGCCAACAGACAUUCAUGGGAAAGGGAAAAUACAAAAAGGAAUGCGAGGUCAUUCUCACCACUCGGACCACCAACCCCGAUGGAUCCAUCACACUCGUCGUCGACAAAAAGAACACGAGCGAAACUGUAAAAAAGGGUGGCAACUUCGAUAAGGACGGGUCAAUCUAUGACGAGAACACAGAUGUGCUGAACAACAAUUCAGACGAGAAGCUCAGCGAUGGAGAGAAGAAGAAAAAGGACGGCGUCGAGAGGCGACGGGCAAUGCGCGGAGCAGGGCUCCCUGGAGGCCUUGCCAGCGAGGUAACGCGGGAGCUGCAGGGAAACAACAUGGGCAGCACCUUCGAUGACCUCGAAGACUCGCUGAAAGACCUCAACGAUCUCAUCGAGGGCAGCGAGGACAGCGGGGACGACGAAGACAGCGAAGAGAAUAGCAUAGAAGAUGCGAACAACAACACGCUCACUGGAAUCGGCACGUAUGCGAUAGACCGCAGCGGACUGCUCCCCGUAAUGGUGUACAUCCACGGGGGGGGAUUUACAGUGGGAUCCGGAAGUGAUCCUAUGUUCAACGGGGCCAAGGUCGCCAGCCGUGGUCAGGUCAUCGUUAUCACGCUUAACUACCGGCUGGGGGUCUUUGGCUUUUUGCCGACCUUCGGCCGGGACCAGUGGAAGAUCAACGGAGGGAUGAAUGGCUUCAUGGAUAUUGUUAACGCACUGUUAUGGAUCCACCGCAACAUUAUUCAGUGGGGAGGCAACCCCAAGAAGAUCACCAUCGUUGGCCCGUCCAGCACCCCUGCUGUGUGCCUGGCAACCAUGUGCCCCCUCCUGGUAGGAAAGUUCCAGAGAGCGAUCCUCACCAGCUCGAUCCGGGAAACAGAGCUCGAAAACGGAAGCGUGGUCACCCGGAACGGCGUCAGUGGUGCUUCCUGUCUGACGAGUGAGCAGGAACCCUAUCAACCACUCGAGGGCCGUAUCGAGAUCACCGAUAAGUUCCUCGAUUACAUCAACGAAACGCACUACAAUUACCCGCAGAACCCCGAUCCGACUCGACAAGACCUCAUCGAUUGGUUGUCGAGCUUGGCGCAAAACUCGACAGAGAUUCUGCAGAUUGCCAACGACGAGAACACAGUCUUCGUUCCCCAGCGGCCGGCCCACGAGUUCGACUACAACCGGGACGGGAACAUAACAUUUACCCAGCAGCGACGGACCUUUAUGACCUGGGAUAACGAGGUAUUCCCCCGGUUGCCCGUCGAGCUGGAAGACAUCAACCCGAUCGACAUGAUUGUGGGGGUCCGGGGGAACCACAAGAACAAGGGAGAGGCCCCCAAGAAGGUCAAGAAACCACCCAAACAGAAGAAACCCAACAGCAACAAAGGUAACAACAGACAGCAAUCCGAUGAGGCCAUCCUAUCGGAGAGCAAUUUUAAAUCCAGUGAAGACGCGCCAAACAAUGUCAUGAUUAUUCGCAAGCUUGAAGCAGCAGCGGAUGCUAAGGGUAACGAAACGGAGGAGGACGAUGCCUUCCUGGCCGACUUUUCCGAAACCAACGGUAUAGAUUGUGGGAAUGCGACGGCCGAAGGCGGGAGAGGAAACGAAACCGAGUGCGAGGAAGAGUUAUAUGAGUACGUCUUUGAUUUCAGCGGGACAACCAGCGACCAGGAUCUGUGCGUUAGCAAGCAGUUUGCUGAGAUCGCCGCUCGCAACGUCGAGGGCAACGUAUAUGGGUACGUUUUCGACGAUGGAACCGAACUUCACGGGGACCGACGGUUGCAGAGUCUGUAUAUAGAGGAAAGUCCAAACCACCUCCGAGAACUCGCGAAAUCCUAUGAACAAGUGAAAUACGACACAUUCCGUAAAUCACACCCGUAUUACGAGGGCAGGGAAACUGAUUUUUACGACGAGGAGUCCAUAUACUUUUUUGACAACCUCUCGAUGGAUGGAUCGAAUUUCAACGGCAAGUCUAAGUUCGUGCUGAUGCGGAAAGAACUAUUCAACCGAUGGAUUAACUUUGCAAAGACGGGAAUACCUAGGUACUCGGGCCGAACCGAUCGUGAGUCCAACAAGUACGCCACGUGGGAAGCCUUCCCUAAGGGCAAAGUUGGCAGUGACACGAACGACGACAUCGUACCGUCCUAUCUCUAUAUGCCCGCCGAGCUCAACGGCGGGAAGGGCCAGAGACGAAGCAAGAUGAUAUCUUUGGAUGAACUGGUGUCCAACCACGCACUAACUAAAUCCAGAGCUAGCGGCACAGAUAUUUGCACGUGGGUUCUGGAGGAAGAAAAUGACGACGACGGAGCAUUCGUUGAAGUUCUAUUGGACUUCAACGCCAACACCGCCUUUGACUACUACGUGACUAUCCUGGCCACAAUGAACCCGACCAUCAACUACGUUCCCGAUCGGGAAUACUUGGCCGAGCUUCCACCCACUCUAUCUCCAACCACACUGUCCUACUUUGUGGACCAGUCAAUCCUUAAAUCGGCGGCUGUACCACCACCCCUGUUGGAUGCGAUGGUUUCGGUGACCAUGGUUGUGGCGGCAUUUGCAGCGGUAGCAUUGGGUUAAGUCAUUUUGGGGGUCGCUCUGGGAGGUCGAUCGGUGUAUCUCAAUCCGUCAUUCACGCAACGCAUCGCAGCGACGAAGAGUUCUCUUCCUUCCUCCAAUAAUCAUGACCUCCUUUUCGGAACUCGAUUCCUUCCUCGUCAAAUUUUCUGUACUGGCUUUUACAUGAGGAACAUUUCAUGUAUCAGAUCUUUUUCAUAUUCAACUCUUUCUCUCGUUCCGCCUUAUGUGCACGGCAGCAAUCUUCAACCAGCAGAGGGGCUGCCCUUACCCAAUCCUUUUGUACAUCUACGGUACGUCACACUUUGCAUCUCUCUCUCUCUCUCUUUCAGAUCUUGCUGCUUGACGGCGAACCAUUAGAAUUGUUCCGGCAGCAUCAGUUUAUAUGCAACCAAGAAACAGUUGAUGUGUUGCCUUGAACUGAUAGACAAUAUUCUGCACUUUAACGCAACGGGAGGCACUAGGAUUUCAUUGUGUAACGGGACAGAUGUGACUCUUUCGCAUUGCCAAGAUGAGACCCUCUUCACGAUCUCUCUGAUGCACUCGGAAUUGUUAAACAGACACUACUGGUAAUAAUGAUCACUAGUGAUGAUCUAGCCAUUCACACCACAAAGAUAAAAUCUGAUCACAUGGUCAAUCAUGAAAUUUAUUGAUGUUAUUGAUUACACGAAUUUGUUCACUAUGUUUACAUGUAUGAUGUGAAGGAUGCAAUUCAUCACCCAUUGGAUGGCUUCUUCUGUCUCCUUCGUCGCGCGCCACGAAGCUCAAAACUUAUUCGACGUUAACAACCGCUCCGUUGAUGCCGAAGCCUUUGAUUUCUGCUGCUGUAUGUUUUUCGACGUGGAAAGAUCGAGAGCGGAAGCCACGGGACGAAUUAUCGUUCCCAUGUUUCCCCCAAUCUUUGCCAUUGGCUUCUUACGAAUCAUUCAUCUGCACACGGCCUAUGUCAUUGCCGAAGCUUUUGAUUUCUUCCCCUGUUUGUUUUUUCGACGUGAAAAGAUAGACCGCAAGCCACGUGAUGAAUUAUUGGUGGCAUGUUUCCCUCUAUUUUUUCCAUCGGCUUCUUCCGAAUCAUUCUUGCUUAAUACCCAUUCAAUCUCUGCAUGGAUUGGGGAUUCGGGAGCUUCAUCUCGGACGGCGGAAUUGCCUUCGGCUACUUUUUCCGUAAUGUUUCUUUCUUCCUUUGUGGAUUUUCGUAUCUCGUCCACCUCAAAAUAUGAGCUAUCAGUUGCUCCAUCCCCAACCCCAACUGCUGGUAGAUUCUUCGUUGUUGAAGAUACGGAAAAGUCAUUUUUGACAUUCGGAGAAAAAAUACCCCCGAUGUAUUCGAAGACUUCUGCAAUUUUGUUUUCGGAUUCAAUUUUGCUACCGGUUUCGGUUUUAGCAGUCAGAUCUGCCAUGGAAGAAAAAAAACCACACGAGGGGAGAAGGCCUGGAUCUGUAUCGCUGGUCUMAACUUUUUGAAUGGGCGGUAUGGAAAUGACGGACGACUUUUCUUGCCCUGUUGUAUCGUCCCGUGCAUCUGGUUCUUGGUCGCAGUCUGCAUAUUCUGGUACGCUUAUAACAACAUCCUUGUUGCUGAUAUUGUUAGUGGUAGAAACCUUCCGCCCACCGGUCGUAUCGGCAAUCUUCAUCUCGAUGGCGUUUGCAGACUUUUCGCUUGGCUUGAAUUCUGGUUCUUCAUCGCAGUCUGCGUAUUCAGGCAUUUUAGUCUUCUUGACCGUAUUGCAGUUCUUGGAUGUUUCUUUUCUCGUUUCGCUUGACCCCCCCAUAGCAGCCACCCCUUCUCCCAUCACUAUCUCAAACUCCUCUUUUGGCACGUGGGGAGUUUGAUGUGUGUCCAAUUUUGAUGGUGAAGCGCUAUCGACAGUUGAUCCUGGGUUUUUGGUCGUCGAGACAACUAAAAUGGUUGGUUCUUC